AUGGCAACUCCAUUUGACAGCCCACAGCUGGAGAUCUUAGAGAUGAAUGAGGUUUUCGAAGAUAUCAAUGGCAGCUUUGGGUUUGCUGGCACGUUACUCGUGUAUCGGAUGAACGGUCAAUUAUAUCACGGAAUGCUGAAAGCUCGCAGCUAUCCUUCUACAAUGGUCAACCCAGCGGACCUCACAAACAUUAUCCAAAUUCCCUUCUCAGCAUACAGUCCUCUAUAUGCAAUGGAGUUGACACGAGCGCACGACCCAUUACCAAAGGACACACAUGUGAAACGACCCCAAUUGAACAGCUAUGACCAAAUUUCCCAAAGCCCUCAUCCAAACGCAAUUGCAGAGUCCAUGCUGGCUGAAGCAAAAGUGUGCGAGCUGUUCCUACAGCAUCCGCAUCCCAACAUUGCCAAGUAUCAUGGCUGCCAGGUAGCCGGCGACAGAAUUACAGGACUUUGCUUUACAAAGUAUUCGCACACAUUGAUGAAAGAGGUGAAUCCCGGCGCAUUGAUGAAGAGACGGUCGAGAAGCACGCGGGAAACAAUCAAAGACUACAGUGCUGGCCUGGCGGGUGUUGAGAGUGGUCUUCGACAUCUUCAUUCUUUAGGGUUGGUUCAUAAUGAUAUCAAUCCUAGUAAUAUCAUGUUGGAUGGUGAUGGGCUCGUGAUCAUUGAUUUUGGCUCCUGUCGGCCGAUUGGAGAGAGCAUGGAGGGAUCUGGUGGGACUUAUGAAUGGUAUGAUGAGAAGACCCAGCUUUCUCUUCCCGAGAAUGACUUGAAUGCUUUGGAGGAGAUUCGGAUUUGGCUUGGGGAUGACUCGCGGGAUUUUCAGUUUGGGGUUUAG